AUGGCCGGCUUCACCGAGGACAAUCCUUGGGCAUUCACCUGCGCUAUCAUAGGCAGCGUCAUGUCCGGCGUCCUGCGAACAUUUUAUGGAGUUUAUAAUCUUAAGGGAGGCAUUGAAGAACUCACUCCAGUGCCUUACAUCAUAUCAUUGUUCAAUUGUAUGCUAAGGAUUUAUUAUGCAAGCAUCAACGGCAGUGGAUACAUUGUGUUUCUCAUCAUCAAUAUGUUUGGGUGUUUCUUCAAUGCCAUGUACAUCAUCGUAUACCUUAUUUACACUCCCAAGAAGGUUAAAGUUCCAAAUGCAUUGUCUUUGAUGUUUGGUGUGAUUCAAAUUGUGAUAUACAUGAUGUACAAACAUGCUGCUACUGAAGAGGUGACUGAUUCUCUUCAGCUGGCGGAGGGACAUUCCGGAACUGGCAAGGGUGAGGUGAUUGUUGAGAUGUCGAUUGUUGUCUAA